GAGCUACUGGUACCUUAUUCACUGCUUAUGUUGUACUGGUCUUAUGCCUAAAGACAGGUAAGAGAUAUGGAUAGUUUCAUCUUAGGUAAGCGCACUCUUCUGUGCAACCAUACCGAUGCAGUUGGUGCGGAAGAUCCGGUCGGCGUGCGUCUGCUGGGAGAGGACAGCUCACGAGGGAAGGGGGAGCUGGAGUUGCUGGACUUCGGCACGUGGACUCGACUAUGCUCGGGGUCCCUGGGUCCAAUCGAGGGCCAGCUGGCGUGCCGCGAGCUAGGGUUUCCUCUCCUGCAGCGGAUUGGCACCGUUGUGGAGCCCGGUGGAGGAGAGAGCUCUUUUAAAAUAGCCAUCCUGGAUUGUGGUACAGCGCUUGCUGUGAGAAACGUGCCUAACACUAGCUUGAGAAUAACUGAAUGUGACUAUGAGUAUGGUCUGUGCAACUCUACUGUUUAUCUUGAAUGCAGUACUUCUACUGCUAUGGGUACCGUUUUUAUUGGCGUGGAAACAAAUUAUUCAUCGUGGAUUACCUUCAUCUCAAUCGUCUCUCCUGAUGAUAAUCUAUACGUGGACAGCUGCUUUACCAACGAGCCACUACUGAACUGCUCUGGAAUAUUUCACUUCCAAAAAACACACCCCGUCAUUCACGACCUCAUUGCACAACUAAAAAACAACAUGUCUUGUGGAUUUAUUGAUUUUGACCCAUGUUCAGAGCCUCCAACAGGUGCCUCCACUCCCAUACCAAGUCCUACCCAGUCGUGCACCAGAGACAUUGUCGCAUGCUCAGCUGGCCAACUUGAAUGUCUGCUGAACACCAGUGUUGGAGUUAUUUUAACAUUGCUCGUGAUUGCUGCAGCAAUGUGACUGGGAUAGAAACGUUUUGCAACGAAUGGUCAUAUUUUUAGAGAUUGUGUAAAAACUCCAGUGUGU